UAUCAAUAUGAAGCUCCACUUCAUAAUAUCUGUUCAUAUAUGUGAUAUGACUUUAUUCAGCUUUAUACAGGAUAUAUAUUCGGCUGUUUAUUGAAAAAGUUUUUGGACAGGGUUACCAGGGAGUUAUUUCUGUAUCAAAAGGCGUAUUGAUCCUUGCAGUCUGACUAGAAAAUAUUGCUUGAUGGUGCCAGUCCGAUUUUGAGAGAGGGGAAAAUUUAUAACAAUGUAGCUUCUGGUCGAUCAAUAUCUCUUCCUUCAGCUUUAGCAUUACUGGAAUCUCUAUACAGUGCUCUCAGAUAAUCUGGAUUUCUUAACGUGUUUAAAGACUUCUAGAUGGCCGCUAGACGUAAUCUGCGGGGAAAUCUGAACCAAGAAUUAGCAAUACAAUUGUCUGCAAUUUAAGAGUUCCAGAAUUUCUCAUUUCCUGGAAAAGCAGUAUCGUUCUACGUGGUUGAUAAACGUGACCCUGGCUAGGGACUUCUGAUUCCAAUUGACUUUGCAAGACAGCGGAUUGCUGCAAGAAUUAUAAAAAGAGGAAGCGUACUGUAAUAAUCAGAAAGAUGGAUUACAAUUCCAAGGGAGUGCGUAGAGACAUGAUUGAUUCACUGUUAACAUAUGUUAAUAAGGAUUUACUCAUAUGUAAACUGUUCUACUUCUUUUUCUUCGCAGCCUUCGGAUCGUUGUAUCCAUUGUUGGCCAUAUAUUUCAAACAACUCGGAAUGAAUGCGACACAGAGCGGAAUUUUAAUAGGUUUUCGACCAUUUAUUGAAUUCUGCAGUGCUCCAUUUUGGGGUGGCAUAGCCGACAAAGUUAGGAAAUGGUAUCACUUAACAUUAUUUUCAUUGCUAUGCUGGAUAUUUUUCACCUUGGCAAUGGCUUUUGUUAAACCACCCCACCAAGCAUGUGUAGGUAAUGGAAACAUGACCGAUACAGAUAUCAUCAAUUUUGAUAAAGACCUCAUUAAGCCUGCCUAUAGUACCGUCUAUUACAAACGAGAAGAUGUGAAAGACGCUUUCUUUGCCCUACUUCUGAUUAUCGUGAUAGGUGAGUUCUUCAGUGCACCUGCUAUCACAUUUGCUGACACAGUCACUUUAUCUUAUCUUGGCGAUGAUACAGACAACUAUGGUCGCCAAAGGAUGUUUGGUUCCCUUGGUUGGGGUCUAUCUAUGCUCUUCGUUGGUAUGGCCCUUGAUCACUCUUCAACAUAUCCAUCUCACCCCUGUGAAUUCCAGCACAGUAAAGAAAAGAACUACGUUGUUUGCUUUGCUGUUUUCACGGUCCUCAUGAUAUGUGCUUUGAUAACGGCGACACAGUUUAGAUUCCCUGGCCAGGAUAUGGGGGCAGACAAAUCAUGGCCGAGCAUUCUCUUGGUUAUGAAGGACAAAGUCACAGAAACUAUCACAGGUAAACGAAAAAUAGAUCGUGAACAACUAGUCGAAGAAGAUGAUGAAUUUAAGUUCGGUCAGCCAAGAAAUACCUUAACAGAGUCUGACCAGGAUGAAACAAAAGAGCCAAAAGUAAACGAUAAUGGUAAACCUUUACAAAUUUCACUACAAUCAAAAACAGACAUGGUCACUGACGUGAUAAAUAGCCCAGGAACGAUGGCUCCUCCAGAUCCUGAUGAACCUUUUCUUGGUCGUUGGGUGACAGUAUUGAAACUGCUGUCAUCAAUGAAAUUCAUCUCUGUGCUCUUUGUGGUAUGGUUCAUGGGAUUUGGUAUCGGGCUUAUCUUCACGUUCCUGUUUUGGCAUCUACAAGAUCUCGGUGGUAAUCCAACACUGUUUGGUGUUGCGUCUGUAAUCAACCAUAUAUCGGAGCUGCUUGCAUAUUUCCUUUGCUCUAGGUUCAUAGCUGCAUAUGGACAUAUAAAUGUUUUAUAUGCUGGGCUAUGUGGCAAUGUUGUUAGGUUCAUAUACAUUUCCUUGCUAAAAGAUCCGUUCUGGGUGCUACCAUUCGAAUGUGUUCAAGGUUUAACGCAUGCCGCAGUAUGGGCAACUACGUGCUCGUAUGUAAUGACGGCUAUACCACCCGGACUUCGCUCCUCGGCUCAAGGAAUACUUCAAGGCAUUCACCACGGAUUAGGUCGUGGAUGUGGGGCAGUGUUUGGUGGUAUUCUUGUGUACAGCUUUGGCAGCAAAAAUACAUUCCUAGCCUAUGGUAUUGCUUGUAUAUUUGUUCUUAUUGGAUUUUUUGGAGUAAACUGGUGGUUAAAACGUCAAGGAAUUCAAAUGGAAAGCCAUGUGCCGCAUGAAACACUGGCAGAGGAUCAACAAAUGACAUUUGAUCCACAUGGUGUACCAUCUGGUUUGGUGCGCGAUUUGUCAAGCAGUAAACUUAAACAAGCCGAUGAACCUGUCACAAGUUAUGGUACAACUCUAGGAACAAAUCUUAGAAAAGAGACGCCGUAUCAAACAGCCCAAACAACUGGUAAAGAUGAUGAUUUUAAUCCAAGAGCAUCUGAAUAUUCUCAAAAAGGAAACAACUAUGGACAAACUGACUACGGGUCAAGUGCUAAACCUUGGAGCGAAGCAGAACAGUCCUAUAAUCAAUACUCUCGCCGAGACCCACAAGUUCGAAGCGAACAGCGCCAGUCUGUCAAUAAUGAAGUACGACCAUCUCCAAACGUUGUUGCUGAUGUACAACAAGAUCGUCGUGUUGACGAGACCGACGGUUAUGCACGUAUGGAGGAAGAAACUGAAUAUCGCAGCCGACGCACGGAUAGCGAGUCUCCUCGUCGACAUAGUGUUGGACAUGGUGAGCCAAAAGAGAGAAAAGAAAGACGCAGAAGACAGAGUGGUGACAUAGAAGGAAUGAGAGAACGUGAAGAUUAUGGUGGAUACAGAGAGCAAAGAGAGAGCAGACGACAUGGAGAUGACGCACGAGGCGAGCACAGACGACAUGGUGAUAGAGAUGAACGCGGUCACAGGCGUCACAGCAAGAAACGUUCAUCCGAAAGUGGCCAAGACAUUGAUCCAAACCCAAGAGAGAAGAUAGUAUUUGAACAACUACCUGAUAUAACGUCGCGAAUGCAACGUCCAUCUCGUGAUCAAUCUUAAAAUAAUGGUCCAAAGCAGCCCCUAGAGAAAACAUUGAUCUUGUGUCACGUGUUUCACGGGCUACCCUAAACAUGGUAUCAUGUUGAAUAUUAAGCAAUGUGCAAUGUAACGUAAAAGCAAUCUUAUAUUCAUCUAAAGAUUUAAUCAUACGUACAAAUGACCUAACAUAUCCUGAACAAAGUUUCGUCGUCAUCAGUGAGUAUUACAGCAUGUUUGGAGCAGCCUGUGGAAUUUGUGAGCGUGAGAAAAAUACUAAUUUUAUUACAUGUAUACAAAUAAUGUAUUAGACAUAGGUCAUUCCUUACAUAAAUGCAUACAUUAGAUACAAAUAUUAGUUAAUGAAAUAAAUUAUACUUUAAGUGCUUAUUUUAAUACACCAGCGCUUAGUAAUUUUCAGUGUUUGCAACAAUAUCUUAUAGUGUGAUAUAAUUACCAUCACGAGUAAUUGUUUAAAGUGUGUAGAUAUUUAUUUAUAAUCGUUAUUAGUCGUAAAACAAUAUGUGUACGAGGGAUACUCUUCGAAAAGUUGGAUAAUGCUGAAGAUUCAAAAUUGAAAAUGUUUUUAAGUAACUGACAUCACCAACACUAAACAGGUUACUGUAUUUUUACAGCUUGAAGCGAUGAAAUAACAUCCAAUAGCCAUCGUCUUUUAGGCGGACAUUUGCAAACUUGGCUGUAUGAUAAAGUAACAGUACAUCGUGCUGUUUUAAUAAAACAUAUUUCAGCUAAGCGCAGUACGAUAUUGACUUAAUAUUAAUUAAUUAAUUAAUGUAACCGGUUGAAUACAUAAUAGAACAUUCAAUAUCAAAAGGUCAUGGAAGAAACUGAAUAUCAAAUGUGAUGUGCUCAGAAAUGUUAUCAUAUUUUAAAAUAGACAAUGUUCGAUUGUCGAGUGGAAACAGCGUUCGAUUGUAGAAUGGUGCAUAAAUUAUACUAGGUUGUUGUUAUGUGUGCUAGUGUUUUCGUACCAUGUUAUAUGUGCGAAAAAUAAAUGAAUUGUUUA